AUGCAAUAUUUACCUGAUCCAGAUUGGAGAAAUGAUCCAGCCAAUAUUGAGAAUUUAGGAUGGCAUGAAUCUCUCCCUACAACAUCGAGUAAUUAUUUUAAAUAUGAUUUGAUUAUUAUGAUUUAUCUUUGUUUCAUAGAAAAACGAUCAUUUGUCUUGAAAUAUUCGAACGAUAAAGAAAAUCUACAAUCAUCCAAACGAUAUAAUGUACGUCUACUAGGCACUUCACAUUUAUCUUCACGAGACUCACCAUCUUGUCUUACUUUUGAUUAUCAAAUAACAGAUGAUAAAUUAAAUAAAUUAUCUGUUUUUGUUCAUAAUCGUACUAUAUGGUGUAACCGAUUGCGUUCAGGACAAAGUGCUAUUCAUAUUCAAUUGAAUAUUUCUUCGCCAUCGUCAACUAGCUCAUUACGAAUGGCAAUUCUUAUUGGAUUCGACGGACAAAUAACAAACAAUGGACAAAUUGAAUUGAAAAAUAUUUUAAUUACUGAUCGACCAUGUCUUCCUUCAAUUACAACAAAAUCUGUUGCUGAUUAUGAUUGUACAUUUGAACAAGACAUGUGUGGUUGGACACAAGGUCCAAAUAAUACUCUUGAUUGGUUUCGUGAACAACCUAUUUCGAAUAAUUUAGCUGGAAUAGUUGGUCCAACAACUGAUCAUACAUAUGGAAAUUCAACUGGUUAUUAUGUUACAACAAGAUUACAAAUCCCAGUAGAUACGUUUUCAGACAUCGAUUUAUCAGUUUUAGUUAGUCCACGUUUACCAGAUAAUGUACCAGGUUCAAUGUGUGCUGAAUGGUGGUAUAUGAUGCAUGGUACAGAUGAUACUAAACUAAAUGUUUAUUUGAUUCCUAAUGAAAAUUUUACUUCAACAAAAUCUAUCUGGAGACGAUCAGGUGAUCAAGGACGUCAUUGGCAACAUGGUCAAAUACAAAUUGAACCAGGAAAUAACAUCACUCGUUUUGUCUAUGAAGUAAUUGCUAUAUGGAGUAUUCGAUCAGAAGUUUCAUUAGAUGAUAUUCAACUUCUUGAUGGUCCUUGUAUUAAACCAGAUUUUUAUUCAAUUAGUUGUACAUUUGAAGAAGAACAUAUCUGUGGAUAUUCAUCAGAUCCAACUGGAUUUCCAUGGACGAGAAUUAAAGGAUUCACAACAACGUUAUCUACUGGUCCUAGUGAAGAUCAUACAUUUGGAACAGAGAAAGGUCAUUUUAUGUUUAUUGAAUCAUCACUUCCACAAAAACCAGGUGAUAAAGCACGAUUAAUAUCAGUUGUUGAACAACCACAAUAUGGUCGUUGUUUACAAUUUUGGUAUCAUAUGUUCGGUAUAAAUAUUGGUCAAUUAAAUGUUUAUGUCAGUACGAAUACAUCCAAUAAUGACACACGUACACUUGUUUGGUCACGUGGUGCUAAUGUUGGUGAUGUAUGGCGUAAAGCACAAGUUUCAACUCAAUAUAUCGUACCAUUUCGUAUUAUAUUUGAAGGUGUUGUUGGUAAUGGUAUUGACGGUGAUAUUUCUAUUGAUGAUAUUGAACGUUUAGCUGUAUCAUGUAACGAACCAAAUAAUUGUGAUUUUGAAGGUGAUACUUUUUGUGGAUGGGAAAAUGUUAAACAUACUGAUCGAUUUGAUUGGGAAAUAACAAAUGGUCCAUCAUCACAAACAACGCUUAGUGGUCCAUUAUCUGAUCAUACAAUUGGAGAAUACGAUGGUUCGUAUGCAUUUAUUGAUACAAAUAAACAGCGAAAAAUUAAUGAUACCGCUGUACUUAUUUCACAUUCAAUGACUGAUACUGGUUCAAAUGGAAAGUGCUUUGAAUUUUUCUAUCACAUGUUUGGUGAUGGUAUUGGUACAUUAACAGUUUAUUUACAAAAAGAAGGUUUUCAACCAAUAGCAAUGUGGACAUUAUCUGGUCACCAAGACGAUUUUUGGUUUCAAGGAAAAGUUGGUUUUAUUGUAAAUUCUGAUCAUUCAAUAUUAAUCGAAGGCAAAAUAACUGACAACGAUGAGGGCGAUAUUGCUAUUGAUGAUUUAUCAAUCACAAAUGGAUAUUGUCCAAUAUAUCCGAUGUUUGCUAUACCAGCUGAUGGUUUAACAACAUCAAAACCAGUCGUAACAACGGGAAUAACAACUUCACCACAUCCAAUAUCAGCUUAUGAUUGUAAUUUUGAAAAUGAUACAUGCCCAUCAUGGACGAUAAUAUCUAAACCUGAACUUAGUUGGAUACGAAUUCAAGGUCCAGUAGCAUCACAACAAGAUGAACAUAAUCCACUAUUUGAUCAUACAGAAUAUCUAUCAAAUGGACAUUAUCUUUUACUUCAACCAAAUAAAUCAAUACCAUUUCCUAAUAUGAAUAUAUCAAGUCAAUUUCGAAGUACAACAAUGAAUAAUAAUCGUCAAUGUUUAGAAUUUUGGUAUUUUAUCUAUGGUCCACAUGCUGGUACAUUAAGUGUUGAAAAACUUUCUGGCUCAUUUUCUCAAUUACGAUGGACAACAACAGGUGGCAAAGGUUAUGAAUGGUAUCAUGCACAAGUUAAUCUUCAAUCACCAACAAGCAAUCCAACACAAUUUAAUGUUGCUAUUGAAGGAACAUGGUCAGCUGAAAAUCGUGGUGCAAUUGCCAUUGAUGAUAUAACACUUCUAGAUGGUACAUGUCAAACAUCAUCUAAUCAAUGUGAUUUUGAUUUGGAUGAUACAAUUUGUGGAUUUCAAUAUGGUUCAACAGGACAAUUUAAUUGGGUACGUGGCUUAGCAUCUGAUGUUCAACAAGGUGUUAAUCCAAAUGUUGAUCAUACAACACAAACUGAUACAGGUUAUUAUAUGUUAGCUGAAGGAAAAAAUCGUAAUGCUUAUGAUCGUGCAUUACUUUUAACACCAGUUCAAGAUCGUACAGCUGGUGCAUGUUUACAUUUUUGGUAUUUCCUAUAUUCAUCAGCAAAAAAGAUGCAAUUAAAGGUUUAUUUAUCUCCUCCAAGUCCAUAUAAUUGGAUCUUUGGUGGUAGUUUUGAUAAUCGUUGGUUAUAUACACAAAUCAGUAUUCUCAAUCCUAGUCAAUCCUGGCAAGCAGUAUUUGAAGCUCAAGUUUUAAUACCAAAUCCAGAUACUAGUAUUUCUAUUGAUGAUGUCUCGAUUACAAGAGGUUUAUGUCCAAAACCAGGAGAUUGUACAUUUGAAGAUGAUUUAUGUGGUUGGACAACUAAUGAUAUUGAUGCUAAUAUAGAUUGGACUAUUGGACAAGGUAUACAUGCAUUUGGAACUGGACCACAAUCUGAUCAUACAACAUCUACAGCACAAGGAAAAUAUUUAAUGAUUGAAACAUCAUGGCCAACAAAGCCAGGUGAUCGUGCACGUUUACAUAGUGUUGUUUUUGAGGGAACAGAUGGAGAUGCUAAAUGUUUUCGAUUUUGGUAUCACAUGUAUGGUGAUUCAAUUGGAACAUUAAAUAUUUAUCUUUUCGAUGGUUCAUAUACACGUAUAUGGUCAUUAUCAGGUAGUCAUGGUAAUCAAUGGUACGAAGGAC